AUGGAGGAGCAGCUUAUCAUCGCCGUCAUCGCUCACCCAGAGCUGUACGACAGUUCCUGUCCCUUGUACAGGGACAGGAACAAGAAAGACCAGGCCUGGGUGAGCGUGAGCGAGGUGUGUGGACUAUCUGUUGAACAGUGUCGUAAAAGGUGGAAGAGCCUCAGGGACACCUACAUUAGGGAGAGGAGAAAAGUGCCAAGGAGUGGGGCAGCAGCAGGGACAGCCAAGAGGUGGAAGUAUCUUGGGGUCCUGUCUUUCCUCGACCCCUUUGUCGCCCCAAGACUCACUAGUGGGAACAUGGGGCAGGGGGUCGAGGAAGAUGGGACCCCAGAGCAGAGUAGGGAGUCGGUGGAGGACGAGGGAGAGACAGCAGGUCCAUCACAGAGAGAAGAAGAAUAUCAGGAUGAGGAGGAGGAACCUGCUGUCUCUCCCUCAGCUCCCGGCUCCCCACCUGCUGCUGCUGUCCCUGCUGCUGCCCCUGCUGCCUUGGCAAGACCACAGUUUAGACGAAAGAAGACCCAGAAGAGGGCGAGGGAGGCAGAGGAGCAACGCCACCAAGAAAUUGAGGCCCUGCUCCUCGAGGCCCUGCGGGCCCGGCCACCUCCACCCUCGGCACCCCAACCUCCCCCCCGCUCCGAGGAUCAGUUAUUCCUCGAUAGCCUGGCUCCUUCCCUGGAGAGAUUGGAGCCCCAAGUAAAGGCCUAUGUUAAAUUUCAAAUACACAAAAUUAUUUAUGAAGCCAGCACAGUUGUGCUACUUAGCUUGUUUGAGCGUGCUACGAGCGAGCUAAAUAGCUUCCACAGACACACUUCCACAUCAUCGUAAUUUCAACAGUUUAUUUGGGAUUUAACAGACAACUUGACAUGCAAGACUGAUAUAACCUCUGUUCAUCUGUCCUCCUGAGUGCUCGGUUUCUUUACGUGGUAGGCCUACUGGACAUGCAUGCUGCGUUCAAUGAUGUUCAGAAAAUUCCAGCGUAGCGUCGGAAAUCUCGUUUGGUUUGGUUAUUCCCUAUAAAUUUCACUAUUUAAUACACUUUGCAUUGACAACAGUGAGUGAGUGAACUUUAGACAACUUCACUUCCUACUUUUGUGUGUUUCCUGCCAGUUUGAUAACUGAGCCCGCCCUGAUAGUUUCACCUGUCCCUUAUUACCUUUCCCUAGUAAAUUUACUUUGUGUUCCAAGUUCAUCUCAGUUUGUUGUGUCUAUGUUUCUGUAUUUUCUCAUUUGAAGCUUCUUUGGUUUUUAAUCAUCUUUUGUCAUUUUGACUGUUGUGUUUUUGGACACCUGCUGGCUCUUGGUCUGACUCCUGUGUACUUGUGAAAGAAACUUCUCCUGACUUUAGCUUCUUUUUUUGUACUGAGUCAUUCAUUUCAGUCCUC